GGUCUGUUUUAAUUUCUGCGUCUGUAUUUUAAAUAAUUACAUAUGACGGCCAUAUGUACAAUGUAAUAAUAUAUCUAUGUCUUGUGACGUCACCAUCCAUUCAUUUUCUAGAUAAUCUUACUUAUCUCACCAUAUGAAAUAUAACUUUCAUCCAUUCAUUUCCUACCGCUUGUCUCUUUUGGGGUCGUGGAGGGUGCUGGAGCCUAUCUCAGCUGCAUUCGGGCGGAAGGUGGUGUACACCCUGGACUAGUCGCUGUUUCUACGCAGGGCCAACACAGAUAGACAGACAAUAUUCACACUCACAUUCACACACUAGGGACCAUUUAGUGUUGCCAAUCAACCUAUCCCCAGGUGCAUGUCUUUGGAGGUUGGAGGAAGUCGGAGAAACCGGAGGGAACUCACGCAGUCGCGGGGAGAACAUGCAAACUCCACACAGAAAGAUCCCGAGCACGGGAUUGAACUCAAGACCUUCUUAUUGAGGUUUGCUACGGUGGAGCACCGUGCAAAGAUACUAGCAGGCUCCUCCUAUGUAGCUGUUCCAGAUGACAACACUGUGCUCAAACUCCUGCUGACUGAGCUCGGCCUUUCAGAUCAACAGAAGUCAUUCGUUCUUCUCAGAGAUGAUUGCCGUCGUUGCCCACGGACACCUGUUCAUGAGUUGUGUGUGGACGGUCCUGGCCAGGGAGCACUCUGGCCAGUAUUGGUCAUCACUCAUGGACCUCUCAUCCUAGCUUGCCUAGGUCUAGUGGAUGUCCCGGCUGAGCCCCGGCCCCCUUUAACCAACCUGCUGUCCGUUUCCCUGGGCAUCACAUUUUUGACUGGUUUGCAGAAUUUUCUCCUGGACUCUGGGGGUAAGAUCGAUAGUGAAGUGACAGCCUCUCGACUGGCAGCGCUGCCCACUGUGCUCCUGCAUGUUUGCCCCUUUGGUACACCCCUUGAUGUGCCCUCUUUGGGGGUACUUGCUUUAGCCUCUGUUCUCGCCCCUGCUGGGAACCAGAAGCAGCCAGCCUGGAAAACAGGCUUCCACAAGGGACGUGCUGUUGUGAACAUAGCACUAACAGAAACGGUGCGCUCAAAACAGUAUGGUGACCCAAGUAGACAAGAUACGUGGGAUGUAUUUGGCACGGUGAUGUGCAAAUGUGAAGUGGAGGGGGUGCUCCCAAAUGUGACAGUGACCCUUACUCUGCCACCUAAUGGAUCACCAUUGCAGGAUAUUUUGGUGCAUCCCUGCGUCACCUCAUUGGAUUCCAAUAUCUUAACAGCGUGCAGUGUUGAUAACGACGAUGGCUCAUCUUUCUCUGGACCUUACAAGUUUCCUUUCUCUCCUCCUUUGGAACCCUUUCGACUUUGUGGCUACACAUCUCAGGUCCCUGUUCCUCCUAUUCUGGGGUCAUACCAACUGAAGGAAGAGCAAAACCACCUGCUUGUGUCAGUGACUCUCAAACUUCAUGAAAGCGUCAAGAAUAGUUUUGAGUACUGUGAAGCACACCUGCCUUUUUUUAACAGACCUCAGAUGGGGUGUGUGGAUGUUAAAGUGAGCUUUGGACAACUAGAUGUUUCUAAGGAGAAGAACCUUCUUGUGUGGGUCCUCGGACAAAAGUUUCCUAAAUCUCGCGAAAUCACAAUGGAAGGCAACAUCGACUUUUCAGGUCCGGCAGCAGGACCGACUGACCCCCUUUGCACAGACCUCAUCGCCUAUGUCAAAUUGUAUUUCAAAGUGCCUGACAUGACGCUGUCAGGAUGCUGUGUGGAUCAGCACUCGGUGCAGGUCUAUUCCUGUGCCAAACCAAAGAUUACGACUUCUCGUGAACUCCAAUCUAAGGACUAUUUCAUAUGGAAUUCCACCGGAACUUCUCCUGUAUCCCAGAUGUUACUCUAAUAUGGACUCAAAAAGGCGACAAGUAUUUAUUAGGGCUGUCAAAAAUUGUAUGUUAACGGCAGUAACUAAGUUUUCUCAUUAAUUACAUUGCAUUUUUUUUAACCUGAUUUACACAUACGCAUCAUGGAAAGCCACACUUUUGUCAUGACGGGGGAACUGUUACGUGUUGCCCUGAUUUUGUCUGGAGUUACUCCAGGAUGUAAAGACAUGGCUGCUCGGAGGAUCAAUAAAGUAUUUAUUAAUAAAUCAUAAUUUCACACGAAGCAGCAAGAUACAAAAAAAGUCACAAAUAGACAGUGGUGCAAACUAACUAGAUAAGGCACAGAGUAAAAACAUAGCGGGAAGCAGGAGAUAGCAGGCCUGUGUUUAGAAAUUACGAAACAAUGCAUUAUAAGAAAAUAAAACUACCAAACAGGAAAUGAUGACAGAAACAGAAUAAAUGGUGAUUAAUCAUGAUUAAAUAAUUGUAAAACUGUAAUUAGUCUGAUUACUUUUAGGUUUUUUAGUCUUCCUAAUCCAAGUAUUUAUGUAUGAUACUUUGAUACGACAUUUCAUGUAAAUUGUAGUCUGUUACUUCAGCUCAAUACAUAUAGCAUUUAUGUGACAGUAAACAUAAUUUGUAGUUUUUUGUGGAUACAAAUAGACUGAUUAGGAUUGUUUAACUGGAAGAAAUAUUAAUUUGAGUUCAAUCACUUUCGGCCAGGGUCGGCCUUUCUUUAUGAUCCCCCUCACUCAUAGUUAGCCCGCUGCACACACAAGGGCCACCCCUCACUCUGACAGGCCCACUUCAGUGACUCUCUGUCACUCGGAUAAUUAGCAGCUGGGGCCUUGUCAUCAGCUGUUGUGGGUUUGGAGGGGAGGGGGGCACGGAGAGUCCUGAAAGGCUUGGCCGCCUCGAACACUGUGUUGGCUACAAAAGGCAACUCUUUAGAGCUGGCAGGGGUCCUUUCCCCCGCCCUUACUCCUUUUGACCCCAUCCCCGCCCUGUCAACUAGCAAGUCGUUCAUACACAUAACCUCUCCAACUAGACUGUGAUUGAGCACUGACCCCGCGGCCCUCCUAGACAUUAAAGCAGCCAAUCACAUUCAGCCGACAGCCCUUGGCUAAUUGGUAAAAAAAAAAAAGUCACAAGUACGGUUGAGGUCUGGUUGCCUCUUGAGUUUACGUGCACUAACUCAAUUAGAGUUUUUAUUGUAGCAAAGCAGGACAAUCUUUACUCAUCAAACUGGAGAUAAUUUUAUUUUGCGACCCUUAACCGUAGCAAGUCACACUCACUUCUAUUAACUGCAAUGGAUAACCAGUUGAUGAAGAGUUAAAUCAAUGGAAGUUGUAUCCAGCUUAUCCGUGAGUGCCCCCUUUGUCUGACUGUUGGCCUCUUGUGACCCUCGCUGGGCCAACUGCUACAUUCUCACGUGGAUUUCCACUCACAAGGCUGACCAUGACCAACCCUGUCAAUUGGAACCACUCGCUCACAAGGCAUCCUUCACCUUCUCUUUAAGUGUCCGCGCCAACCGGCGGCACCAGAACCACUCAGCCUUCCUACCCUCCACCUCCAUAGUGUCGAUGGCUGGUAGACUAGAAAAGGUUUUUAUUUUUAUUUUAAACGUCCUUAGUGUCUUCAAUAUGAGGCCAGACUGCCAGCGGAACAGCUUGUUUGAAUGUGGAAGCAGCUACAUAGCCUUUAGUAGUAAAGAUUACAUUCUGUUUAAAAGUUCACCCACAUUUUCUUUUAAAUGCACUCUAAAACACACUUUGAAACGGCAUUGCCAUAAACAAGUCAACAUCAGUGGCCUAGUGGUUAGAGUGUCCGCCCUGAGAUCGGUAGGUUGGGAGUUCAAACCCCGGCCGAGUCAUACCAAAGACUAUAAAAAUGGGACCCGUUACCUCCCUGCUUGACACUCACCAUCAAGGGUUGGAAUGGGGGGUUAAAUCACCAUAAAUGAUUUCCAGGCGCGGCAACGCUGCCCACCGCUCCCCUCACCUCCCAGGGGGUGAACAAGGGGAUGAGUCAAAUGCAGAGGACAAAUUUCACCACAUCUAGUGUGUGUGCGACAAUCAUUGGUACUUUAACUUUUAAUGUUUUAGAAGUCCUUACAAUGUGUGACAGCAUCUCUUCCAGCACAAUAAGGACACCUAGUGGUAGAUUGCUAAAUCAAGCCCGUUGAUUUUUGCAAAUAAACUUACAUUGCAGUUAUGUCAAUUUCUACUGCUUCCAAAUGUGUUGCGAAUUUCUUAAAGAUAUAAGCUUUUGUGAUGUGAUUGCAUAUUUUGUACCGUUAUUAAGCUGUAAUAUUGGGUGUUUAGGAUGGUAUCACAUUAGUUUUUCAGCUUUUUAAAGAUUGUUCAGAAACAAUUUGUUUACUAUUUAUGGACCAGUUGAUGAGAUGAAGUGAUGGAGGACUAAUUUAUCAACCCUUUUCAAGUCAAAUGAUGUAUACCCCGAGUCUCUUUGAUACUUUCAGCCUUAAUACAGUAAAGGUUCAUAAACCGAGCCUUGUGCUAUACCUUACUUUCAUCUGCAGAGGGCACACUUAACUCACCAAUUACACGUACCAUUCUCUGAAUGUUUUCAUGUUUUCAAGUUCAUUUGUUUAAAUAAACAUAGUUACGAAAAAACUGUAAAGAAAAAAUAAGUAUAAAACAUGCAAUGAAGCUGGGCUUUAACAUUAUUUUUCAAUCAGUCAUACAUCACAGACCCUUACAGAAUACAGUAAAUCCUCAUUUAUCACUGUUAAUUUGUUCACGGCCUGACUGGUAGUUUUAUUUCCGUGAAGUACAAAACCCAAAACCAGUGAAGUUAGCACAUUGUGUAAUUCGUUAAUUUUCCGUUUCCAUAUGAGUCGGGAAAUUGUGUUAGAUGUAAAUAUCAAUCAAUCAAUCAAUGUUUACUUAUAUAGCCCUAAAUCACUAGUGUCUCAAAGGGCUGCACAAACCACCACGACAUCCUCGGUAGGCCCAAAUAUAAACGGAAUAAAAUGAUUUGCAAAUCCUUUUAACCCGUAUUCAAUUGAAUGCACUAUAAAGACAAUAUAUUUGAUGUUCAAACUCAUAAACUUUAUUUUUUUUUUUUGCAAAUAAUAAUUAACUUAGAAUUUCUUGGCUGCAAAACGUGCCAAAGUAGUUGGGAAAGGGCAUGUUCACCACUGUGUUACACCACCUAUUCUUUUAACAACACUCAAUAAACAUUUGGGAACUAAUUUUUGAAGCUAUGAAAGUGGAAUUUUUUCCCAUUCUUGUUUUAUGUAGAACUUCAGUCGUUCAAUAUUCCGGGGUCUCCGGUGUCGUAUUUUACGCGUCAUAACAAGGGAGUAGGUUUGAUUUUAAGAUUGGUGGGGACACAAAAGUGCUCCAAGGCAGCACUCUGAAAGUUAACUUUUUUUUUUUUUUACAUUAGUAAUCAUAAUUUCACGUCUUGCAGAUGUUGUAGGGUAAAGCAACUAAAAUGAAAGCAAAGGAGACAACUUCAAAGAGUUUUCAUCUUUACUCUUUAGUGUAGGGCUGUAGUGCAACUGUGCAUCAUACUGUCAAUUAACAUAGCCUACUAUCCAUCAACAACAUCAGAAAUACAUUAAUGCAAUACAACAUUGUAAAUAAACAUAAAUGAACUGUAAUAAUCUCCAGCCUCUCCUUCUCUACUUCCUCCUGCCUCUCUUCCUCUAACUUCUCUGGCCUCUCCUCCUCCAUCUCCUCCAGCCUCUCUGCUGUCUGUCACCUUACAAAAAAAUAUGUUGAUGCAUAACAGAUACAUUAGGGAAAAUGACCAUAGAGCUUGAUGGUACCCUUACUGCCUGAGCAAAAAGGUUUUUACUAAAUAUGAAUAUUAUUUAAUAUUAAUUAAUUAUAUUUUAUAAUUGUAUAAUCACAUGAUCGUCUAGUGAGGUUUUAUUGUAUUUCCACCACAAAGUUUUGUUCAUUGGUAUUUUCAAACCGUUGAUCACUUCUACACAAAUACAUGAAACUAAAAUAUAAUGUAAAAAAUAAAACGAUCUGAUUGGCUGUUAACCCUGGUUUAAAUAUUCUAAAGCCUUAUCACAGCGCAGGCUAUCACUCCGCCUCAGGCACGUAUGACUGGUAUGAAUGGAAGUUGUUGUCAUGUAUCCAUGACAACGGACUGUUGCAGUCCAUAGUAAAAGACAGCUGAUGUUUUUACGAUGUUAAAAAACGGAGACUAAAGUAGUUGAAUUCACAUGUUUAAGGUUAACUUUCACCUCUGGGGAGGGUUAACAAUGGUAGAGGGGACUGAGCAUUGACUUUCACCUGACAAAAAGCGGAGGAAAAGACGAGAUGCAGUGCUAAUUUGGAGCUAACGUCUAGAUAGGUGGGACAAUUUUUUUCCACAGUGAGGCUAUUUUAUUGAAUAUGUAUUUCUGGUUGAAUAAAACUACAUUAAAUUGA